ACAAUCUGGCCAGCCUCCCGGAGCAGGUGUGUGACCUCCGUAGCUUGUGGUGGUCGGAACAUGGAGAACUUCUCACUUCUCAGCGUCUCUAGACCUCGAAUCUCUUCCUCUGCCCUGAGUGCUUUUCCUGACAUUAUGUCCUCACUUGCCACCAGCUUGCCAGACUUGGGGAACGCCCAGAAUGGGGAGCAGCUGAGGCGAAACUGCACCAUCUACCGGCCCUGGUUUUCCCCUUACAGCUACUUCGUGUGCACAGACAAAGAGAGCCACUUGGAGGCUUAUGGGUUCCCAGAGGUGGACCGGGAAGAGGGCAGAGGCGACAACUGCCUUAUUGAGGAUGUGGCUGAGAGUGUCUGCUCGUCUUCCUCCUCCCAAGAGAACACGUACCCCAGGGAGGCCAACAAGAAAUCCAAGCAUGGUUUGGAGUCUAUUACAUCCCAGGACAUCCUAAUGGCUUCCAAGUGGCACCCAGCCCAACAGAAUGGCUACAAGUGUGCGGCCUGCUGUCGCAUGUACCCCACUCUGCACUCCCUCAAGAGCCACAUCAAGGGGGGCUUCAAGGAGGGCUUCAGCUGCAAGGUAUACUACCGCAAGCUCAAAACUCUCUGGGGCAAGGAGCAGAAGGCCCGGCCAGGAGAGAGGCUCUCCUUGGUCAGCUGCCAGGCCUUCAAGUAGUCUGCCGACACCUCAGGUAAAUAGGGACGAGGCCUACUUAUGCCUCUGGAGAGGUAACAAUAAAUUGAAGUUAGUCAUAGUA